GGAAGCGGGGCCGCGGGUGUGGACAGUGUGCGGGACGACCGGAGGAAGAUGACUUGUGUCACGUCGCUCGUGCCGCAUGUCUUCAUCACCACGUAUCUACUCUUCGUCAUGGGCAGCGUUGCACAGAAAGUGUACUUUGACUGUGGUGCCAAGGUGGAUGUGGUGGACGUCCAAGGCCUCAUUCUGUCUCCUGGCUUCCCCUACAACUACUCCUCUGGGACACACUGUGUGUGGCUCUUCAUUGUACCUGUUGAUUACCAGCUUAUCCUGGAAAUAUUUGACUUUGAUGUGUUUGAGAGCCAUGACUCUGCAGCACAAUACUCAGCCUUCUCUAAUUUUGAAGAGGAAGAAGCAGAUGAAGAGGCGAGUGUCACCCCUGGCAGCUUUGCGGUAUAUGAAACUUCAUCGCCAGCUAAAGAUCCUUUGCUUCAGAGUGAAGGAGAUGUCACAAAGACUCAACAGUCCUCCCAAGAUAGCGAGGACAAGCAAGUAGUGGUCCAGGAACAGUCCACAAAGAUGGAAAUUACCAAAGUCUCAAAUUCUGCCAAAAGAUCUGCAGAUGCCUCCUCUGGCUUAUCUUCAGCACCUCCUUCCUCUCUCCUCUUACCUGGGGCUGUGCCUUCAAGAGACAAGAUCGUUAACUCCGCUUCCUUGUCUCACCUUAGGGGAGACCCCAACCCAAGUUCUAACCCAAGCACAGUUGUGGAGGAGACCACCCUUGCCUCACCACACACCACUGACACUCCAGCUGUGAGUCCUGAAACGCAGCAGUCAGUGCUUGACGCCUGCCCUCAUGAUGUCCUCUACAUCUCAGACCUCAUCACCUUUUCGUCCAGGUUCUGUGGGUCCAACCGCCCUCCCAGCAACCAGCUGGUUUUCGGCUCCAACCAGGAGAUGGUGGAGGUCAUCAUGGAGCUUAUCACUACAACACACUGGGGCCGUGGCUUUGCUCUGCUCUUCCAGUACCACAACCUGACUGAGCCAGGAGGGGACCUCCGUGCCUCUGCUCCUACAGCCAGCAAGGUAGACUCUCUGCUGGCUGCUGUGAGCGGAGCUGCCUUCUUCGCUCUGAUACUUACAAGUGCCCUCUGCAUCAUUUUCAGACCCAAACUGUGUCCGAAAAGAGCCAGCUCCUGCGCGUCCAGCAACUCCGAGGUGCCAGAGGGCGUCCAUACCACAGGGGCUGAGGUCAGUGAGCUGCAACUGAUGGCUGAGAAUCAGACCAACCUGGGGACGACCACAGACCAGGGCAACAACAACGACAGCCCGCCACACACAGUCAGUGCUUCCAUCGAGAUUUCCCAGAAUGCAGAGGUGGACCUUUCCUGCAGCGGGUUGACUGAACUCGACCUUGGUGCCGAUGAGGUUUUCAUUGUAUCUUCAGCCCCCAGCCCAAGCAGGCUCCCCUUCUCACCUCACACGCAGCGGGAGAGGUUUCUGCGACACAGUGACACUGGUCCCAGCCCUGCAGGUGAUUGGCCCUCGCUAGACUCCACCACCUCACCCACUAGUGCCAGUCCUGCCAGGGACGGUGGCAAUGGCUGUGCCAGGCCGAGAGCCUGGAGCGUACGCACGUUCCAGGACUUCCUCCCUCCGCUGCCACAGCUGCAUAAGAAGUGGUGCAGCUGGAACUCCACCAGUCCCUUCACCAAGCUCGUGGACAGCAAUCCAUCCAGUUUGACAGCCGACUGCAGGGGAGAAGACAGCAGGAAGGUCUUCUCCGACAUUCACUUGGACCACAAGGUAGACACGAGCACCAUCUCUGACUCAUCCAUCAGCAAUGCCUCCUACCCGAUGACACAGUCUGCCCAGCGGCAGCGGCGUCUCAGCUCCACCAGCAACCUGCGGCGCUCACGCUUCCCCGGCCCGUGCUUCGGCCUCCUCUCUGGUGCAGCAGACCCGGUGAAGGCCCCUGGGGCUCCUCAGUCCCAGGGAUCACCCUCAGAGCCCAGCUCCGGAUCAUCUUCCUCCCCCCAGUGUCAGAUGGAAGGCGGCCAGGCCAUAAACAGGCGUGAUUUCCCAGGCGAGGGUGAUCACGUCAGCGUGCCGGUGUUUGCCAUCUCUGAGGAGGAGGACCGGCAGCCUCUGGUCUCAGCUGAGCACCUGGAUCAGACGUCCGUCUCUACUGUGAUGAAUGGACUGUCAGGGGGAGCGUACGAGGGGAAGCGGGCUGCAGCCGGAAGCACCAGCCACAGCCCGCAGAACCAGAGGGCCAGGCCUGAGUGGAGGCCAUGGGGGAGCCAGGCAUCAGGGGGGGUUGGUCCACUCCCUUCCAACACACCAGCCGCCAUGACCGAGUCCAACACAGUCAGUGACCGCCCGCUGUGCCUCAGUCAGUCCACAGCGCUGUGCAGUGUGACCAACCAGAUGUGA